AUGCUUAGGUAUCACAUGCAGGGCUUCAGUGGAUAUGGUGUCCAAUACUCACCUUUCUUCGAUAACAAGCUUGCGGUUGCUGCUGGUUCAAACUUUGGCCUGGUCGGAAAUGGGAAACUGUACAUACUAGAAAUUAACCGUGAUGGUAAAAUUGAAGAAAGGAACUCAUUUUUAACACAAGAUUGUUUAUUCGAUAUUGCGUGGAACGAAAGUCACGAAAACCAAGUACUGGUAGCACAAGGAGAUGGCACAUUGCGUCUAUUUGAUACAUCUUUGAAAGAGUACCCCAUUGCUAUAUUUAAAGAGCAUGAAAGGGAAGUGUUUAGUUGCAAUUGGAACUUGGUCAACAGACAAACUUUUUUGAGCAGCUCGUGGGAUGGAUCUAUAAAAAUAUGGUCCCCUCUAAGGAAUCAAAGUUUGAUGAGCCUUACCCCACGGCCUUUAGAAAUUACGAAAAUGGUAGACCCAUUGAAUGCAAUUUUGUCAAAUAAGAAAAAUUUCACUGGCAUAUCUAAGAAUAAGAAUUGUGUAUACCAGGCACAGUUUUCCCCUCAUGAUCAAAAUUUGGUUAUAUCCUGUUCAGGAAAUUCAUACGCAAGCUUAUUUGACAUCAGACUACCGCCUAGCAAAAGCCAGACCAACUUUUUAGUACAUUCAGGGCUAGAAGCACUGACGUGCGAUUUCAAUAAAUACAGACCUUAUGUAAUUGCCACGGGCGGUGUAGACAACGCUGUUAGAAUAUGGGAUAUUAGAAUGUUAAAAACAAGUGGAUCCGCCACCACGAGCAGACCUACGCAUACUCCGUCUCACAAUGCAGCAUGCAUUAACGAAAUUCCCAACGCACAUGGGCUAGCAAUUAGAAAAGUUACUUGGUCACCCCACCAUUCCAAUAUUUUAAUGUCCGCUUCUUAUGAUAUGACCUGUCGAGUAUGGAAAGACCUAAGUAACAAUGGCAUAAAAGAAACUUACAAGACUAACUCUACAGAUACCGGAAAAGGCUGCCUCUUUAAUUUCACGCAGCAUUCUGAAUUUGUUUUUGGGAUUGAUUGGAGCUUAUGGGGCAAGCCAGGAUAUGUAGCUUCAACUGCGUGGGAUGGCAAUUUGUUUGUGUGGAACGGUUUGGGCUAA